UGGCCCUUUUAGCUGGAUUAGAGCGAGGUGACAAUGUUGGGCCUGCCCCCCUCAGCCAGCCAUGGUGCCCCUGACACCUCUCACAUCAGCAUAGAUGGGGCAGGGGCUGUGGCAGAGAUGGGAGCUGUGGACAGAGGGGCUGAAGGGUCAGUGGUUGUCGAGGUGCAACGAACACACACUGCUCUGGAGAAGCUGCAGCAGAAGAUCACUGAGCAGAUUCGCAUAGAACAGGAGGCACGAGAUGACAACGUGGCUGAGUACUUCAAGCUGGCCCACAGUGCCAACAGGCAUCAGGCUUUCCGUAUCAGACAGGUGUUUGAGAAGAAGAACCAGAAGUCUGCACAGACCAUCACCCACCUGCACAAGAAGCUAGAGCAUUAUCGCAAGAAGUUGAAGGAGCUACAGCAGCAUGGUCUAGGCCAGCAGCAUAAGGAUGUGCUGGUGGACAUGCAGCAGGGGCUGAAGGAUGUAGGGGCCAAUGUACGAGCAGGGAUCAGUGGCUUUGGUGGAGGUGUGGUGGAGGGGGUCAAAGGAGGGGUGUCAGAACUUACCCAUACUGCUGUGGUAUCUAAGCCAAAAGAGUUUUCCAGCUUGAUCUGCAACAAAUUCGACAGCACAGACACCAUAGAGGACACUGUAGAGGGGCAUUCAGACGACGCACCCCUGAGUGGCAGCUUCACCUUGGCCUCCAGCCCCAAGUACGGCAGUGAUGACGAGUGCUCCAGUGACGGCAGUGAUGACGAGUGCUCCAGUGACGGCAGUGAUAACGAGUGCUCCAGUGACGGCAGUGAUGACGAGUGCUCCAGUGACGGCAGUGAUAACGAGUGCUCCAGUGACGGCAGUGAUAACGAGUGCUCCAGCCUGCAGGAGAUCAAGGCCAGCCAGGCCCACAUGGAGGACGCCAUCGAGGACAUGCAGAGUCAGCUGCAGAGUGACUACUCCUACAUGAACCAGUGCCUGCAGGAGGAGAGAUACAGGUAUGAGCGACUGGAAGAGCAGCUGAAUGACCUGACAGAGCUGCACCAGAAGGAGAUGUCCAACCUGAAACAUGAGCUGGCCAGCAUGGAGGAGAAAGUGGCCUACCAGUCUGAUGAGAUAACCCGAGACUCUCAGGAGGCGGUGGAGUCAUGCCUGACCCGCAUCACUAAGUUGGAGCUGCAGCAGCAGCAGCAGGUGGUGCAGUUGGAGGGUGUGGAGAACGCCAACGCCCGCGCCCUGCUGGGCAAACUCAUCAACAUUAUCCUGGCUGUCAUGGCCGUAGUGCUGGUGUUCGUCUCCACCCCAGCCAACUUCAUCACUCCGCUCAUAAAGACCCAAGAUCGGGGGGCCGCCACCAUCCUACUGGCCCUUUUUCUGUUCAUCCUUUGGAAGCACUGGGACUUCCUGGUGCUCUGGCUACUGCCAGGCUGAGCCCUCCACAUGCCAACACCUACACACAUUGUUUAAACUUGACCUACCACCUAUGAGAUAUAAAUAAAUCUUGAUACAUAUGUGGCUGAGAAGAUAAGCUUUAAAAAAAAAAUACAUAUUUUUCAACACAAAUUGUACCCGCAUUUAAUCCAAAUAUUUUUAAACAAUAUACAGAAUAUAAAAUGUUUUUUUCAUCUCAUUAAAUUGGGAAAAUGACCUCCCCAGUAACAAAUGUAGGCCAAGGAAAGCCUACACUGCUGCCUGCAACAUUGAACCACUCCAGAAUGCCUGACUCAUUAUUCUGAUGUUGCAGGCAGCUAAUAAUUUUUUUGUAAUCAAUUUAAUUCAGCACUUAAUCAGAUCCACGAGGAGCCUAAUGAAUAAUUCAGUGUCGUCCUCUGAGAACCUCCUGGGGUCAAAAACAAACGCUUUUCUGACAGGCAGCUAGCUAGCUACGUCACACAACCGCCACACUGCUGCACACCUCAGCAAGAAUAGAAUCUAACUUAAUAGUUGCCUGCCCUACAGUAGCUUGCUUGAAUUUGGAGACUGAGCAAUUAGACUAUAGGCUGCCGCAGUGCAAUAUACUGUAUAUGAUAUCUAGAGGUGGUUGUGGUUUCAAAACUAUGGGCUAGUGUGGAACACAGUUGUGUAAAUCUGUUCUUUGAUUGUGGGUGUAAGUUGGGUGUAAAUAAAAAAUCAAAUAGGCCUACAAAGCAAGCCUAGGUGGAAUUGGCCUGUCUGACCUACUUUUCUAGGCUACAUGCUCUCCACAGGCAAAUUCUAAUGAAAAUGGCCUUGCUGACAGUCUACCUUUCUAGUUUUUCCCACAGCCUGUGGUUGGUACAUGCGUAGGAGCAUUGCCAUGCUUAGGCUAUAUGCUGUUACAGGCGAGAGCUUUGGUAGUUGUGGGGGUGGUGGUUUAGCUCACAGAUGCAUCACUAUGCAUCUACAUUCUCAUCCAGUGUUGACUCUAACCAUAAGUGUUUAUUCUAUCUCUAAAUUCAUUAAAGGCCCAUUGCACUCAAAAACUAGAUUUUUUUUUGUGUUUUAUAUACACUGAUGUUGAGUUGCACUCUACAAGGUGUCAAAAGGCUCUGUCGCAGCCGGCCGCAACCGGGAGGUCCGUGGGGCGACGCACAAUUGGCAUAGCGUCGUCCGGGUUAGGGAGGGUUUGGCCGGUAGGGAUAUCCUUGUCUCAGUAUGUAAAAUGUAAUAAAAUGUAUGCACUCUACUGUAAGUCGCUCUGGAUAAGAGCGUCUGCUAAAUGACUAAAAUGUAAAUGUAAAUGUAAAAGCAUUCCACAGGAAUGCUGGCCUAAGUUGACUCUAAUGCUUCCCACAAUUGUGUCAAAUUGGCUGGACGUCCUUUGAGUGGCGGAACAUUCUUGAUACACACAGCAAUCUGUUGAGCGUGAAAAACCCAGCAGCGUUGCAGUUCUUAACACAAACCGGUGCGCCUGGCACCUACUACCAUACCCCGUUCAAAGGCAGUUAAAUUUUUUGUCUUGCUCAUUCACACUGAAUGGCACACAUACGCAAUCCAUGUCUCAAUUGUCUCAAGACUUAAAAAUCCUUUAACCUGUCUCCUCCCCUUCAUCUAUACUGAUUGAAAUGGAAUUAACAAGUGACAUCAAUAAGGGAUCAUUGCUUCCGCCUGGAUUCACCUGGUCAGUCUAUGUCAUGGAAAGAGUGUUCUUGAUGUUUUGUAUACUCAGUGUAUGUUUCCACAGUAUGAGGUUGGAAUAAUACUGUGAAAUUGUGAACAUUAUGAUAACGCCCUUUUGGUAUAAGAGCGGUUUGAAAAGAAAUUUCAAUCUGUUUAGGUUGGAUGGAGUUUUGGCCUGCCUGCUGACAUAAUCAAGUAGUAAAUUAGUUAAUAGACCAAUAAGAAAGAUAGUUCCAAACCUCUGCCAAUAACAGCUGGUUUUCAAUUUUCCACUCCCCACUCAGACCACUCCCAGACAGUCCUAGCAAAAAUCUUGCUUGAGAAAUUGCUCUUUGCUAAGAAGCAAUUUUUGUAUAUUUUUGACCAUUUUAAUUGAAAACAUUCACAGUAAGGUACUUAAUUGUUACCCAGAAAUGAUUUGAUAUUGAGAUGAAAAUGGCUGCAUUAGACCUUUAAAGCAGAGACUUGCAUUUCUAAUGGAGGGGGCUAUGCAGUGCUUUCUCUUUGUUACUCACUGUGUCCUGUUCCUCUCUCUCCCUCCCCUCCAGUCUUCCUGCCUUUCCCACUAAUCCCACUUUCCCCUCCUAUUUUCUCUUUCUUCGCAUCCGUGCUCCCCACUCCUCCCUAUCUCUCGCUCUCUCUCUCUCUUUUUCUCCUGCUUCUAUUCUUGCCAAUCUCUCUCUUUUCUUUCUCUCUCUCACUCUAACACACACUCUCUCUGCUGUUUUUCUCCCUCUCUUUCUACCUCUCCCGUUUCUCUCUCCCCCAAGGUGACUUACAUUCCUAUAUAGGCACUGCAGAGGUUUUCCUUUGUUCUGGAAGGCAUAAGAGAUGAGAUAGAUGAGGAACAAAGACUAAGGAGGGAAAGAGAAGGAAAGGGAUGAGAUGAAGGACAGAGUUAGGUAUAGAGAAGGGAACUAAUAGGAUUAACAGAGGGGUAAAAAUCCUUAUUGUUAUUUGUCGCGUAACCAUAUCAGUAUGGUGCACACACAUGCACACCCACACAAAUACAAAACAACAACAUACUGCACGUUAACAAUCUGGCUUAAUAAGGUAAGGAGGGUGUUAAGAGGAGAGGUGAGUUGGAGUGUAUAGUAGUGGAAGGUGUCAGUAGAGGGCAAGUUUACCUGAACACACCAGCAUUCAUUUUCAUUAGCUUCCUAUUGUCACAGCAUUGUAGAGAGGGAGGAAGGGAUAACAUAUUUUUAUUAAAGAAGAGCAGAGUGGCUGCAGUCAGCAGUAAAUACUGUAAGAAUCUGGGACAGAGAUGCUAAAUUUAGGGAUCAGAGAAAGAAGAGGGAGUGGGCUAGCAAGGGGUGAAGAAUGGAGUAGGGCUAUUGUAGGAUAACUUUUAUGCCAUCUAUAUGGAUGUAUGAUCUCUGUGGUAAUUUGUUUCUGCACAGGGUGAACUUUAAAUUACUCUAUCCAAAGGAAUUGUAUUGUCCUCUCAGGAAUUCUGUCUUAUUUACAUUGGUCUCAUCCCCCACACCAGCCAUUAGAUGCUGUAACAUCCUGUGGAGAUUGGGCCUGGGUGGUCAGGUUACUGUAAACUUGGUAUCGUUUGAUUGGUUAAUGGUGGUGGUUGGAUUUGGUUUGAAAAAGUUACAUUUUCAAAUGUUAUAAAUAUAAUGAAAUUCCACUCUUUGUUCAGUCUCUUAACCUGCAGCCUGUCCAUGGAUGAAGGUUGUAUAAUCAAAUGUAAUUUCCUAGGCUUCUAGGCAUUCUCUUUGUUCAUGCUUUGUCUUGAAAGUAAACCUUAGGAUCUAUUUGCCUACAAUUAUGCUUAAAUCAGUAUUGCUUUGUAACUUAUGUUUUAUGUCUUGUAUGUGUAUCCAUUCAUUUUACAAAGUUAUUAAAUAAUACUUGCUUUGAUAUUCACUUUCUUGAUAUUAGUCAGCCAUACCCAUAAUACUUGAUUGAACAUGGUUUUCCUGUAACAUUUAAUGGGGUCAGAGGGCAUAGGCCCACCCAUGGCUGCACCCCUGCUCAGCCAUGUGAAAUCCAUACA